GUCCGUUUAUCUUCUUCUCACACUCUCUCUCUCCCCUUCAUCUCACCUCCAACUACUCAGUGCUGUCUCUGUCCUGCUGUCUCUCUCUUUUUCCCUCUCUGUCUAUCUCUCUUUCCCUCUCUCUCUCUUUUUGGUGUGCUCCAGCUCUAGUUCGGUUUGCUGUCUGUCUGUGCGUUGCCGGUCGCGUUCCUCUGCAGACCUGAACCUCCAGCUUAACCUGGGACUCCAGCUCACUCUACAGCGGUUGUAGAAAUGGCGAUGAACAGCAUCCUCAACCCUGAUGACAUCAAGAAAGCCCUGGACGCAUUUAGAGCCGUGGACUCAUUUGACCACAAGAGGUUUUUUGAGAUGGUCGGACUGAAGGCGAAGCCGGCUGAUGAUGUGAAGAAGGCUUUCCACGUCCUGGAUGCAGACAAUAGCGGCUUUAUAGAGGAAGAGGAACUUAGGUUUGUUUUGAAGCAUUUCGGUAAAGAUGGGAGAGACCUGACUGAUAAGGAGACCAAAGCAUUCCUGCAGGCUGCGGACAAAGAUGGAGAUGGAAAGAUAGGAGCAGAAGAGUUUGCUGCUCUGGUUCGUGAAUAAGUGACUGAGACUCUUGGCCUGUUCAUACCUCAUGACCCUUUGACCUCAGCCUAACGCCCCUGAAGCACAGACACACACACACUCACACACUCACUUACACACCCUGACACGCUUGCACGCCCCCCCUUCUGAACACCUCCCUACACACAAUCACACACACUGACCUUCAUGCUAUUUAUUUUCCUUUUUAUACAAAAGUGAGUGUUUCUGCUAGUGUAUAGAUCAAGAGACCUUUAACAGGACAAAACCUCAUGCUGGCAAUAUGUAGAUAUAAUAGAAAAGAAAACAAAGCACUCUCCGUCGUCCACUACUCUUUGUCUGUCUUUAUCUUCCUUGAAUGUCUCCCAUUGAUCUUUCGCUCCUCUCCUCCCUUCCAAAUCCAAACUCUCUCCAUCCCUCCAGUAACAAGCCGUUGUGAAACACACCAAAAGAAGAAAGAGGUCAAGUUGUGAAAGAAAACAAAAUAAAGAGAUAAUGCCUCAAGA